CGUCGCGUUUAGCUCACUCGGCACGUGCGAUGAGGCUAAGCUAAACUCUAGUCGAUGGAAAUAUGGACCAGCAAAUGAAAUAUGCAUUUCCUGCGGGAGACGAACUGGACGACAGCGAUGAAGAUUGGCAUUUGGGAAGCGUAACAGACGUUAGGACUCCGUCAUGCUACCAGGACACUGUAACCAAUAAGCUGCUUGGAGAUGAUGAUGUGACACUGCUGAAACAGGCUGCCAGCAAAGGAGAUGUUGAAGCUGUGGAACGUCUUCUGGAUAAGGGUAUGGAUGUGGACACUAAACUCAGCUAUGACUGGACGCUUCUUAUGUGGGCCGUCAAUGUAGCACACUAUGAUCUUGCGAAAGUGCUACUGGACAGAGGAGCCAGCGCCAAUUAUAGCAAAGAUAACUGGACCGUCCUAAUGGCUGGCUGUGUGGCAGCAGCAAGUGAAGAUGAAGUUUCUCGCUGUGUGGAACUACUGCUCUCCAGAAAUGCAGAUCCUAACAUGGGGGACAGCUCUCAGAUGACUUGCCUGAUGUUUGCAGCUCGGGACGGUCGAGCUAAAGUCAUCAACAUCCUGGUGUCACAUGGAGCCAACGUCAACCUCCAAGAUUCUAAAGGAUAUACUGCUUUGUUUUUUGCUGUGCAGUACAACCAAGAGGAGGCUGUGCUGAAGCUCCUGCAACUGGGAGCGAACAAAACCACCAGGAACAAGUUUAAUCAGAGCCCUGCGGAUCUUGCGGAGCAGCUGAAGCACAAACAGAUAUUCAAAAUCCUGACCUCUUCAACCAGUUCACCUUUCAGUAGCAACUCCAUGACUCUCUUGAAGAGUGACUCUGAACCCCUUACAGUCUGUGAAAGUGCAAACAAACUAAAUGAUGUGGAGCUCUUCCUUUACGGCCUCGGACUGAGCCACCUUACUGAAAUCAUGAUUGAUCAUGACAUCACCCUGAACCAGCUAUUAACCAUGGAGGAGAAUGAGUUGCAGAAGAUUGGUGUCAUAGAUCCACAGGACAAGGAAAAAUUGAUGAGCGCUGUGGAAGAACUGCAACCAGACCAAGUGGACUUGAGCAUUACUGAGCUUGGAGAGUCCAACACUGGGGCUGAGGAGCUGCACAACUUCCUGAUGAGUGUCCAUCAGCAGUGCUCUUACCUGUCAGAUUUGAUCCAUGAUGUCACCAAUCGCUUCCCACAGCACCCCUCUCAGCUGGUCUUCCCACUGGACCCCAAGAAAGAGGCGCAGACUGUCUGUAAUCAGCUGGUGAUCCAGACAGAAGUCUUGCAGAAAGAAGUCAUUUGCCUCCGCAAACUUUUGAGCCAGAUGGAAGAGGCCAAAGAUUGCUGCCCACUUCCCAAACUCUCAUCUGCCCCCCGGAGGCCACGACACAGAACUGCACUGGGCAUUAUGGGAGUGUCCCUCAUUCUCCUGCUCGUGUAUGGAGCGGCUGGUGGAAAGGUCCAUCGGCAAAUGUUGACGUGGUAGUUUUCUGGACCACUCAGUCACUUUGUUUUGAUGAACACGCUUCCUUUAAAGAUAUUGUUUUGAAAGGUCGGUCGCACAUGUCAGGCGAUUCUUAUUUCCGGAUUUGACUUUGAGUUUUGUGUUUUAGAAUGGAACUGUGGAGUUUUUAUUCCAAAGUUUCUGUUUGCACUGUUUUAAAUUAAAAAUGGUGAGCCAACUUACACUUGAAUUGUGUUUUACAAAAGAAAAUGUAUUUGGCAAGUUUCCCUCUCUCAUUUCCUCCCACGGUGCUGAUAAUUACAGCACAAAUAGCUUGUGAGUUGCUCUCAGUGGCCCGCGAUCUGUCCUUGAUGCCUUAUGUCCUGGCCUGAAGUGACCACAAUGUGCUGAAGACAGUCGACACAUUUCUAAGGUGAGAGAUUUCUGUUUGGUCUGAGGAAUUCAUUGUUAGUGUGUUCAUCAAACUCCAAAUCCAACUCUAGUGGUUGAUGGUAGUAUACUGAGAAACGCUGUAGUUGACUAUAAGAACUUUACAUGACAGGAUGGCAAGGUUACAUUUCUGUUUUACCUCACCUCAGGACUCUUCA